GCUCGAGCUAGAUAUGCACAAGGCUUUUAAAACCAUGUCUCGUGCAGCCCGAUCCCAUGCUUGUUUAUUUGGGAGUAGAUAUUGCAUACGGCUUUAUUGGGAGUCCACUCCAUAAGGCUUUUUUGGGAGUAAAUAUGCAUAAGGCUUUUAAAACGAUGCAUCGAUCCCAUGCUUGUUUAUUUGGGACUAAAUAAUUCAUAGGGGUUUACUAACGUAGCUGUGCAGUUCCCGUGCUGCUUGAGGCAGCAUAGAAAGUGGGCGCGUAGAUCGUGUAAGACGGUGUGUUCUGCAUGUACAGAUUGUGGAAUUGCAUAUAACAGGCAAACAAUUUUGAUAUGUUCGUUUAAACAAGUCCUGUGCGUGCAGACAUCUGUAAUUUCCGCUUGAAUUUUUGGAUGGAUGCAGGCACGCAAUCUGUGCGUGGACGCAUAAUUUUUAUUUUUUUGGUGUGUGUGUUUUUUAAAGAUUAAAACCAGCCCCUUUCAUCCAGGAAGUAAAUGAGACGUCAGGGUCAAUGGAGCCAAACGCAAAGCCCCGAGUCGGGGGCGGGGCAGGGAAGGAGGAAGGAGAAAGGGAAAGAAAGAGGCCGUGAGGAGGAGAUGUAGGAAGCAAUCGAUGACAGUGCAAGGGGGUUUGGUAACCACUUUGUUUCCCCAGUGGCUGCGAUGUGCAUAGGCAAUGAGUGACUUUGCUGCUGCAAUUACUGCACGUGUCCGUUACCCUGCCCAGGCAGCAUCUCCGCAGGCAACUGGACCCAAAGGCUGCUGCUGCCACCUUCCCCCCAGCUAAGCCGUUCAGCCGUCAAUCUCCAGCGGGGGUUGCUGCCGCCACUGCUUCUUCUGUUUAGGGGUGCUGCAGGGAAGAGGACACGCUGCAGAGAGACCCUGCCGUUUCUGCUCCCCUUUCUCUGGGGAAGGAGAAGGCGGAGGGAGACCAGGAUGCUGCGCAAUUCGUGGCUUUGAACUAUGGAAGGAGUUCUGUACAAGUGGACCAAUUACAUCACAGGUUGGCAGCCUCGCUGGUUUGUUCUAGAUAAUGGGAUAUUGUCUUACUACGAUUCACAGGAUGAUGUUUGCAAAGGCAGCAAAGGAAGUAUAAAGAUGGCUGUCUGUGAAAUCAAAGUUCAUCCAACAGACAGCACGAGAAUGGAAUUAAUAAUCCCGGGGGAACAGCAUUUUUACAUGAAAGCCGUGAAUGCAGCUGAGCGACAGAGGUGGCUAGUAGCACUGGGGAGCUCAAAAGCCUGUUUGACAGACAUCAGAACGAAAAAAGAAAAAGAACUGAAUGAAACCAAUGAAUCUCUGAAAACCAAGAUGUCUGAGCUUCGCCUCUACUGUGACCUCUUAAUGCAGCAAGUCCAUACAAUACAAGAAUAUGUUCACCAUGAUGAGAAUCACCCAUCGCCCAGCAUCGAGAAUAUGCAUGAAGCUUCCUCUUUGCUCAGUGCCACCUGUGAUACGUUUAUCAUGACACUUGAAGAAUGUGUGAAAAUUGCAAAUGCCAAGUUUAAACCAGAGAUGUUUCAGUUGCCUCAUCCGGACCCCUUGGUUUCUCCUGUGUCACCUUCACCUGUACAGAUGAUGAAACGUUCUGUUAGCCACCCGGGUACUUGUAAUCCAGAGAGGAGCAUUCACUCUGUAAGAGAACCAAACGCUUCAUCCCACCGGUUAUCGCAGAGGUGCCGAAGAGCCGUCUCCGAUUCAGAACCUUCUACAGAUACUCCCUUUGAAGAUGCCGACAGACCAGCAUACUGCUCCAGAGGUACUCUCAAUGGAGAUUUGGCACCGUCCGCCAUUCCUGAAAUAUCUAAGAAACAAUCGGAACUUGAAGAGAUGUUUCCACCUGCUUCCUGAAGAAAUAGAAGGAUCAACUUCUAUAAGUGAUGCUAUGCAAAAGCUGCUGUGAUUCUAUUAUUGUUGUAGGGGGUAGUUAGUUCCCUGUGUGAAGGAGUUCUCUGCACUUUAUAGAAUAAUGUAAAAACUAACUUUGAAGUGUAUUUUAUCUUUAUAUUGUUUGUUUGCAAAAGUAUUUUCCUAAAAAACAAAAACAAAGGCCCAACCUUCAGUUUGUGCAUUUUUAAAACAAAUUAUGGUUUAAUAGGUAGGUGUAUGUACCUUUUUGUAAAUUCUCACUCCAAAAAAUAGAGUCACGCUUUAUUUAGGACCAACCAGAAGUAUCAAACAGUGCGCUUUCAUGUCCUACACGUCUCUUAAUUAGGGAGAGGGUAAGUGAAAGGAUGGGCGUGAGGGGACAAGUGGGAGGAAUCCCAUCAGUCUGUGAAAUCUAAAGUUUAGGAGGUGUUUUCCCUGCUCGUACACCUGGAUCAGCCUCUGAAAAGUGUGAGACAUACACAGAGCUGCUUAGACAGAUGAAGUCACAAAUGGCUGCCACCGUCUCUCCCUGCCAUUUUGGAAGUGCAAAGCCUGGAAGUUAGUUCAGUCCAGUUUGCAGCGCUAACAUGGAAAUGAGCUCUGUAGGACUCAAAAGUUCAGUGUUGAUACUUUAUUACUUUAGUUCUAAAUAAAGCAUUGCCCUACUUUGGGUUGUGGGGUUUUCUUCUGAUGGACCAACAUGGCCACCUACACCUUUGUCAAUGUAGCUCUUCUUCUUAUGAAGUGUGAGGGUCAAACAGCUUAGUGAAUUUCUAAACCUUGCCCGAAAGAUUUCAGAUUUGGGGUAGGGAAAACUUGUGCCAUAGACCCAGCUGUUCACUUGAUCGCUGUGCAGGUACAGCAUCCCUUAGGUUACUGCCCACCUCCUGUUGAUAUCCAUGACAAUGCUACUCCCCCCCCGCCAUGGCUCCAGAUUGCACCUUCAGUCUCAGUGGAACCUUUGCCUAUGUUAAGACUGAGACUGCAUUCCUAAAAGCCUAGUGGUAAUUAGUAUCUUUCCCCUUUCAAAAGGACACAGUCCAUCCAAAGUGAGAUUAUGCCUUUGGUCUCAUUGAAAUCAAUAGGACUUGAAUGCACAUUAAGGGUGCCACGAUCCAGCCAAAAUUAAGCACAUUUAAGUCCCACUGGUUUUCAUGAGAGGGAUUUAAACACAGUCAAGUCAGAGAGACUAUUAGUUUUAGCUGGAUCAUGCCCUAACUGCUUAAAUUCUCUUAUUUUAACUUUUAAAAAAUGGGACUCGGAACACCUGCAUUUCUUUGGAUUCCAUCCAAAAUCUGAUUCCUGUUUUUAACCAAUCAAAAAUAAUUGACAGAUGUGCAGUAUUUUUCUAAACAGACAUAUACAUGAUCCGAUUACAAGGCAUUAUACCAUACAUGGACAAAUGUAUUUUAAGAAUUUUGAUGUAUUCCUUGCACACAAAAAAUGCCUAUUUGUCAUUGCUGGGGGAAAAAAGAGAGACGUGAAGGUGUGCUUAAUCAUCAUUGGGGUGUAUUGCAUCGCUAAUAGCAUUGUAGCACUGUUUUUUAAAAAACCCAACUCAUUUGAGCACAAUCCAGGUAGAGUUAAGUACUUGUAAGUCCCAUUGAUUUCAAUAAAGAGAAAAGUGCAUGCUUUAAACGGGACUAUAUGAUGCUUGGCUUUAGCUGGAUUCCACCUCUUUCCACAUAAAAUAAAAAAUAUCCUAGAUGUCUUUUUACCAAAGUGUAAUUUUAGCACUGGUUUCUAAAAUAUGCUUUUGAGCUGCUGUUGUAAUGUAUUCAUUUUUGCAGCUAUACGUUUAUUUAUGACAUAUUUAUACCAAAGUGGGAGGUUGGCUUAUUUUUCAUUGUGAGCCCUGUAACUUCAGAAUAGCAUAAAUGUACAGUGAUAUUCUCAUCUCAUUCAACUCCAGUGUCAAAUAUAAACUCUCCUCUUACUGAGCUGAGAACUGAAUUCUUACUACAAAACCAUUUAGCUUAGCCAUCGUCUGCCAUAUAUUUUGGGAGAAAUCCAUCAGAAAGUUCUCUUGCACAGGCUGUUAGGGAAGAGCAAAGAUUAAACAUGCCACUUAAAUUUCAGCAAGUUGGCACAGAAGUUCCUGAUGGAUUGUGCCCAAACUUGUUAGUGUUUUGAAAUGUAAAUUCCUUGUUUUUGUAUUCACUUUGGGAUAAACUUGGUAUAUAAUGUCUUGGCUGUGGAGCACUUUUUUAAAAAUUAAAAAAAAGCUUUUUUUUAGAAGUUACAUUAAGUGUUCAAUAAAUACAGUUUUUACACUCA